CCGACUAUCCCCUCAAUAUAUUUCAACUUCAUCGAGCCUUCUCUUCCAUCCAACGAAAGGUCACUCUGUUUUUGCCUGAAAUUCCGUCACUCGUUGCGCUUCGGAAUCGCUCUUCACUAUGAGGACCUCUGCUGUCGUAGCAAGCCUUCUCUCCAUUGGCCUGACCAAUGCCUUGUCAGUCCGUGCCACUGUUACCAGUUGCUUGAACUCGAAGAAUGUUCCCUACCUCAUGGCAAGCUCGCCAGGCUAUGCCGACUAUGCCGAGCCUUUCAACCUUGCUCUUCCAUACAAACCUAUCGCCAUUGUCCUACCUAACACCAGCAAACACGUGCAGGAUGCGGUGAAAUGUGCUUCCAACAGCAAUGUGAAGGUCCAAGCCAAGAGCGGCGGCCAUUCAUAUGCCUCGUUCAGUUCUGGCGGCAAGGAUGGCUCCCUUGUAAUCAACCUCGAGCCAUUCCAGAAGGUUGAGCUUGAUAAGUCAACCAAAAUCGCCAAGGUUGGGGGUGGCGUCCGUCUUGGGAACCUUGCUCAAGGUAUCUGGGAUCAGGGUAAACGUGCCCUUCCCCACGGGACCUGCCCUGGUGUGGGUAUUGGAGGUCACUUCACCCAUGGUGGAUACGGCCAUACUUCUCGUCACUGGGGUGUUGCGCUCGACACCAUUGUCGGUCUCGAUGUCGUCCUUGCAGAUGGGCGCCUCGUCCAUGCCACCAAGUCUGAGAAUGCUGAGAUCUUCUGGGCUCUACGCGGUGCUGCCGACUCCUUUGGUGUGAUCACCAACUUCUACCUCCAGACCAAUGCCGCUCCUGAUAGCAUCACUUACUGGUCAUUUGCAUUUGCUUCGGGAAUCUAUGAGCAGAAGUCGAACUUCGUCAACACAUGGCUCCACAUUCAGGACUUCGCUCGUAAUGCCUCCAUUAUCGACGACCGAAUCUCUUUCGGCAACUACCUUGAUGGAACAGGCUUCAGUGUAAGCGGUGCCUUCUUCGGAUCCGUUGAUGAGUUCAACACCAAGAUCAAGCCCGAGUUCCUCCGCACUCUUGCUACCCCAUCCAGCACCACCGUUAAGUCCUACCAAUGGAUUGACUACCUCACUCUCGUCUCCGACAAGACCACCAUCGUCACUCCCCCUACCGGCUACGACGACCAUGACGAUUUCUUCGCUAAGUCCAUCACUGUCCCAGAGAAGAGCGGCUGGUCCAAAGCCUCCCUCGAGGCAUGGUAUGACACCAUGAAGGCCGGCUCACCAACCCCCUACUUUGUCAUCACCAACCUCUACGGUGGCCCAGGCUCAAAGAUCAAUAACAAAGACACCACCUUCGCCGCCUACUCCGAGCGCGAUUCCAUCUUCGUCUCGCAGCUUUAUGGCUCUGACACCGGCGCCGAGGCCAGACCCUUCAUCAACAAACUGCACAGCGCCAUCGUUUCCGCUGCUCCCAGCACCGAGUUUGGCGCUUACCUCAACUACGUUGAUCCCUCGCUCGACCCUGCUACUGCGCAUCAGUUGUACUACGGCGAACCGCUGUAUCAGAAGCUUCUCGCGCUGAAGAAGAAGUACGAUCCUAAGAGCGUUUUCUGGAACCCUCAGGCUAUCGGUACUUAGAUUCUCUCUGCUGUUCAAAAUGCCUCGUAGCGCCUAGCUUAGACCAUCUUGUCUUCGCAUUUUCUCAUUUCAUAAUUUACAUUUUCCUUUCCCCACUGCGACAUGACAUAUGGAAGGGGAGCGUAGGGAUCACGACUACACAUUCCGUUUCUUGGUUUUACCUGUCCAAAGCUAGCUUCGGCGAAAGAGGGGGUUGGUUGGUACAUAAUCGUUUCGUUGGUUUCGCUACUUUAUUUGCGAUGAAGUCACGCU